UUCAACACUCACCCCGCCCCUUUCCUCCGUCUGGGAAUGCUGGGAUGUUUACAUUACUGGCACGGGUCAGGAAUGGUGAGCAGCUGAGGGAAAGUGUCUGAGCAGAUAACCGCCUUACAAAACUCGUUGACAACAGACAUCCCUCUGUCUUUUAUUCGGAACGUGUCCAGAAAGGUCCCCGAGCUCUACUACCGCUCGACCUUGGUUUGAAAAGAAGCAGAAGUUCCGCCAUCAUCAUCGCAAACCCCAGACUGUGGAGGCAUAGCUAGGCUGCCACUUCCUGGGGUGUAAGGGAUUGAGCUCCUGUCAACAUGAACGCAGAGCCACAAGGUCAACAGGAAGCAGUCCCUGCUUUUCAGCCAGAGAUGGCUUCAAUGCCUAUGGAUGCGAGCAUGAGCCAGAUGGUGAACUUCCAGAUCGUGAAGAAGAUCGGCAGCGGGCAGUUCAGUGAGGUCUACCGGGCUCUCUACUUGGUCAACAACACGCCGGUGGCCCUGAAGAAAGUCCAGAUAUUCGACUUGAUGGAUGCCAAAGCUCGGCAAGAUUGCAUCAAAGAAAUAGAUCUCCUUAAGCAACUGAAUCACCCUAACGUCAUUAAGUAUCAUGCCUCCUUUAUUGAAGACAACGAGCUGAAUAUUGUUUUGGAGCUGGCGGACGCCGGGGACCUGUCACGUAUGAUAAAGCACUUUAAGAAGCAGAAGCGGCUCAUCCCAGAGAGGACGGUGUGGAAGUACUUUGUGCAGUUGUGCAGUGCGCUGGAGCACAUGCACUCCCGCCGCGUUAUGCACAGAGAUAUAAAGCCCGCUAACGUGUUCAUCACAGCCACGGGUGUGGUGAAGUUGGGAGACCUGGGAUUGGGCCGCUUCUUCAGCUCCAAGACCACGGCCGCACACUCGCUAGUGGGCACCCCUUAUUACAUGUCUCCGGAGAGGAUACACGAAAACGGAUAUAACUUCAAGUCUGACAUCUGGUCGCUAGGCUGCCUUCUCUACGAGAUGGCAGCCCUGCAGAGCCCCUUCUAUGGAGACAAGAUGAACCUGUACUCCCUGUGUAAGAAGAUUGAGCAGUGUGACUACCCCCCUCUGCCAUCCGAUCACUACUCUGAGGAGUUAAGGAAACUAGUAGACAUGUGUAUUAACCCAGACCCGGAGAAGAGGCCGGACAUCACCUACGUUUACGACAUCGCCAAGCAUAUGCACCACCUGACGCUGGCCAACCAGUGAGGACGUCCUGGUCACCUCUGCCGUCUACCAUCGAGUCCUCCCUCCCUCUCACCUCCUCUCACCGCCUCCCGCCCCCUUUCUUUUGUAUGCCCACACUUCUCCUGGGAAGAGAUUUUGACUGAGGACUCACAAGUUAACUCCCCCAGAGCAAAAAAGAAAAAAAAAAUCACACCUGUCCCACCUCAGCGUGAAGCCUCCAUCACACCCCGGACUCCCCAGGAAGACGCUUCCUCACCCCCGAAGUCUCCUCUCUACCCUGGGCGUCUCCCACGGUACCUCUGCUGGAUCCCUAGUCCCAGGCGUGGUGAUCAGUGAGGUGGAUUUGCAUGUGACACCCCCCACCACAUAGAAACACACACACAUAACACAUCACACACUUGUCAGUACCUCUGCACUGUGUGUUAUUAGAAGCUGAGAUGUUUCGGUCACAGGGAAAUCACAGGUACACACUCCAUGAAGCCUUGCAGUUAGGAAACAGUGCAGGAGUGCAGCACAAGCAGCAGACAGUGCAAUAGCAAAAAGAGAUGUAGUAUUAUAUAGUUCAGAAGACACUUAAGGUUUUAAAAAAUAGGAAUUUAAGGUUUUACUUAGCGUGCUGUUGCAUUAAGUGUAACAAGUUGGUUGUAUAAUGUACAAAAUGAAUGUUGAAAUAUUAAAUCAUGAUUUUUAAUGAUUUAUAAUAACCCCAAAGGCAAAAAAAACCCUACAAGCCCUGUUAGUCCACAAGUGCUCAAAAAGAGAAAGGGCUUGCUAAAUUUUUUCGGUCUUUCUAUGGCAUAAUGUUUUAAGGCAUCAAUGUCUAAGGACAUCCAAAUAAUCCUUGCGAUCUGAUAUUUGAAUGAACUAAUGUCAGGUAUGAAAAGCUGGGAAAUUUGUCUGUAGAUCACAUGGGUACAGUCGGCUAUGAGAACAUGUGUAACAUAACACAUACAUCCCUUAGUAGGCUUAGUUCAUCACGUUCAGCUGAAAAAUGUAGGUAUUCUAUGCUGGGUGGCAACCUCCAUGCUGAGCACCUUAUUAGAACUAGUGUUUUAGAUUAGUAUAUUUGUAAAGAGACAUGCAUGAUGUUGCAGAGUAAGGUGAUUGGCAUGGUUGUUGUCAUGGAGAAAUGACAAAUUUAGGCGUGCUACACGGGGGUUGGUUAGCACAUAUCUGUUUCUGUUUAAUGAAUUCAUGAAGUCAAUAUUCAUCAGAAUGUAAAUAAUUAUAAGCAAAACGAUACAAAGCAAUGCUAAUUUUUUACUCAGUUUCAGUCUAAUAGAGGAAGACAGCUAUUGAAUAGUGUUUGUCAUGCAAGAUCUAGUUUAGAAAUACAUUUCCAUCAGCUUAGUUAAACAAAUGUUCAAUAGCAACUCUAUCUGUAUUCAUUUACUAUGUAUUUUAUUGUCACUUUCUAGCAAUGCUUAUGACCAAAUCUAAAUAGCAGAACAAUUUUAAUGUUUUCCAUUCCAUUCCUUGGAAGUUUAAUACAAACUAUAUAGCUGUUUUAGGACGGCACACCAUAAAGGAACCUCAACCGUCCAAUCAACUAUGAAAUAAUACACAUUUCUGCACAAGGAAUUCUAGCCUCUGCUGGCCUAUUCAGACAGUCUGCCUCUUCUUGCCUUUGAGUUGCAGCACCCAAGUAACUGAAUUAUUCUAGUUGUUCUUUUUUUAAAUGUUUAUUUUGAGGUAACUUUGAGUGAAUUGUUAAUUGAGGUUUAAUUGUUUUAACUGACUUUGUAGAAAUGACAUCACAUAGGUGGUGUGACCUUCAGAUGUUUGGUCACCUUAAUGUUAACAAAAGAACACCAGGGGCCAGGAAACUAACUGAGUUGUGAAGCAACACCCACCAAUUUUAGUAUGGGAAUGGGAGUAGACCAUUAGAGAGCCAUCUUGAGGGAUUACUAGUUAGAAAUAUUUUAAUAACAAAUACGAAAAACAACAAAAGGAUAUGGGGCCUAUUAUUUGUAUUUGAAACCUAGUUUACAGUACAUCAAGAGCGGAGGAGAUAUCUUUAACAAUAUGUAAGGCUAGAUUUUUACAAGCUUUACUGUGUUCAGACCAUAGUGACUGAACCUGAGUACUGUAUGUGCUGACUUCUUUGUUAAUAGAAUUGAGUGUAAUUCCGACAGAUCGCUGCAUUAACCACAAAACGUACAUCUUUUUUUGCACCCCUCAUCUCAAGAUGAACAAAAUUCACUCUUGUGACUCAAGUGAAUUUCCCUUUUUCAAAAGAUUUGUUUCCUCUUUUUGAAAAUAGGAAGUCAUUUAUCUCCAAUUAAGGUCAUGUAUGGGCAGCAUGCAGUGUGCAAACUGAAGGUUCCCUCUUCAUGUUGCACUUUUGCAUUAGCUGUCCCUUUCAGCAGCCUACUGCAUACUGUACGCCCUAUACUUCCUAGAACCAGGAUGUCAGACAUUCAGCGCAUUUAGCCCAAGUGAGUCUGCAUACUGGCCUGCUAGCUAAUAUCAGCUUGGUGACUUCAAAAAAAAAAAAAAAAGUAAAACUGUGUGCUUCUCAUGUUCCUGUGCUGACUGUACCCAUUCUGCAGAAUCUCUUUGCCUUUCCUUUCCAUUUUCACUUCUAGCCUGGUGGCCGUUUCACAUUGUCCUUCCCCUUCUGUCGGUUGCCAGGAUGCUUUGAAAGACAGGGCCCAGUUUCAAAGAAAAUCUAGAGGUUAUUCCAAUCAAAGUAGUAUCAUUGAAAGGUUGUCUGAUUUCGCUGUAAUGCAUAUAACUAAUACUGGAGGUCCUGUGCAGACUAGGUUGCCCUGUAGAUGUGGCCUUCCCGAUGCUUAUAUCUUUCUGUGCAGUACAGUGCUGUACAGCCUAUUUUUGAAUAUUUGCCACCAUUGCUCAGUGAAAACUAGUCAAAGAAAUGUUUGCAACAAAGGCCUUAAUAUACCAAAGAUGUUCUAAAUUUGUUUUGCAUUUAUUUUCUUGAGUGAAGGUAGUUUGUACCUUUUUCCAAUGAGAAGCCUACAGUUAGGUCAAGUGCCUUUCUCUGUGGGGGUAUAGUCCUCUGAUGUUUGGGCUUUUGUAUUUUACUAUCAAGGAACGAUCCCUUGAAUGUAGAGUCAGCUUGUUUACGGCUAGCAUCACAUUUUGGGACUCACAGGUUUAAGUUUAGGACUAAAACUGUACAGAAUAGGUACUUUUCAAAAAGAAAAAAAUCUGUUCCAUGACAAUUGCACAUUUUAUUUGUUGUUUGUUACAACUUUUGCUAUGUUUAUUUACCCAUGUUCCAAAAAUAUCUUCCAAAGAAACUUUAUUAAUUCAGUGUAUUCCAUUUCAUCGCCGUCGUGUGUUUUACAAGCUCCUGCACGAGUUCCCUCUUGGAGACGCUUUGCUAGGCUCAGAGGUUGUUGUGAAGUGUGCAGACACAGAGGGACAGGAAUGAUCAGAAGAUAUGCGCUUUGAAAAUAAACAACGAAAGGCAAGCGGCUCUCGCACACUUUUGUCUGUAUACUGUAUUUUAAAGGCUGCUGUGUCGGAUGUAACACAUAUGAAAUGGUAUUUUUUGUUUGUUUGUUUGUUUUGAAGUAAUCGAGCGCAUUUUUAACUUCAUCCAAGUGUUUACCUUUUUUCGGUAUCAGUGUCAUGUAAUCAAUGCAUUUUUUUCGUUUUGGUAGGGCAGUAACAAACUGUAUAUCAACUCCUGUUGCCUUUUAAAUAAGUGAAUGUUGUAUUUAUCAUGUCACAUCAGAUUGCUCUGGGUAAUGAAUCGGUCAAAUCUAGAGUGGGAUUGCAUUGGGAGACAUUUAGAAAUGAAAAUUGUUGUUUGUUAUCAUGGGAUGGCAAAUUAUGAUCUCCCCGGUUAGGUUUUGUGUGUAUGUAUAUAGUUGUGGUCUGCUAAAAUGAAACAUAGUAAGCAAAAGCAAAAAUUGAUGACAAAUGUUGGUGAGUGCCUCUGUGCAUGUUUGUCUCAGCAGGACCAGUCCCAUACUUUCUGAAGGGUUUCAUUUUUUUUAAAUCCCCUCCUAUUAUUUUUGACGAGGCAGACAGGCAGCUUUUUUUCCCUUUUAUUUAUAUUUUAUUUUGUUUUUAUUUGAACAUUUCAUGGCUUACCUUUUUGUUUUCCAGGAGAAACCGUAAUAGUCUCUGCGCUAAAAGAAUAAACAACAAAAAAAUCUAAACCCAAGCUCACAAGCUCAUGUUGUUGUUGUUUUUUCUGGUUCUCUCGGUCUCACUCUCAGCCAGUGUCGACGGAAAUCAUUGUAUGCACACGAUUACCAAUUAGGUGUCUUAUUUACCCGACUUGAUGAAAUUAGUGUCUUAUU